AUGGCAGGCCCCCUCCGCCAACCAAUCGACAUUGCCUCGCUCACAAACUACCUAACCUCGCACGUCCCCCAAAUCCAGACCCCAAUAACCCUUGCCCAGUUCGGCUUCGGCCAAUCCAACCCAACCUACCUCCUGACCUCCUCCACAAACGCAAAAUAUGUGUUGCGCAAGAAACCCCCGGGAAAGCUCGUCUCAGCAAGCGCACACAAAGUCGAGCGGGAAUACCGCAUCCUCAAAGCGCUAGAAGCAACCUCCAUCCCGGUCCCGCGAACAUACUCUCUCUGCACGGAUGGCUCCGUCCUCGGGACACCGUUCUAUAUUAUGGAGUUUCUGGACGGGAGGAUUUUUGAGGAUGCGACCUUGCCUGGUCUUAGUGCAAAGGAAAGAAAGGUGAUGUGGCGCGAGGCGAUGACGACGCUUGCGCGGUUCCAUAGGCUUGAUCCCCAGGCGGUUGGGUUGGAGGGGUAUGGAAGGGCCGGGGGGUUCUAUGAGCGGCAGCUGGAGACAUGGAGGGGUCUUGCGCGUGCGCAAGGGGUCGUCGUUGAUGUUGAGAGUGGGGAGGCUGUUGGUGAUGUCCCUGGGAUAGAGAGGAUGAUUGCGUUCUUCUCUGAUGAGCGAUAUCAGCCGGCGGAUCGAGCGUCUCUGAUCCAUGGGGACUUCAAGAUUGAUAACCUCGUCUUCCAUAAGACGGAGCCGAGGAUUAUUGGGAUUCUUGACUGGGAAAUGUCUACAAUCGGCCAUCCGAUCGCGGAUAUCGCAAAUGUCGUGCAUCCGUGGACGGUCAAUGGGUUGUCUCCGCGUGCCGCACGUGAAAUCGGGCUUCCAUCCGGCACAGCGCAUAUAGACGGUCUACCCUCGGUAGCCCAGUGCGUGGCCUGGGGAUUGCGGCCCGGUAUGCAGCGCGCCAGGCGACGAGCACAAAGGCUCGUGAGUUAG